UGCGCGCGCUGGGAGAGGUGGGACUUCCUUGGCAAGAUGGCGGCCGCGUCCAGCGGUCUGCGCCGGGCUGCUGCGGCUGCUGCAGCCAGUACCUCGGUGAAGCCCAUUUUCAGUCGCGACCUGAACGAGGCCAAGCGGAGGGUGCGCGAGCUUUACCGCGCUUGGUAUCGGGAGGUGCCGAACACUGUGCACUUAAUGCAGCUGGAUAUCACGGUGAAACAAGGACGGGAUAAAGUCCGAGAAAUGUUCAUGAAGAAUGCCCAUGUCACAGACCCCAGAGUGGUUGAUCUUCUGGUCAUUAAGGGGAAGAUGGAGCUCCAGGAAACCAUCAAAGUAUGGAAGCAGCGCACACAUGUUAUGCGGUUUUUCCAUGAAACAGAAACACCAAGACCAAAGGAUUUCUUGUCCAAGUUCUAUAUUGGCCAUGACCCAUGAGGUCACCUGAUGGGAAGGUGCAUGUUAAUAUUUAACUAUUUUAGAGUACAAAUAAACUCAUUAUUUGAUGGCUGUUUGUGAUAAAA